CCUUUUCUCUCCUUCCGCACAGCCUGGGUUUCCGCUUCCCUCCCGGGUUCGCGGGCAGAGGGAGCGAGGCCAAGCGUUGUCCGUGCCGCCGUCGCCAUGUGGCCCCCAGACCUGGACCCCGACCCGGACCCCGACCCCGCCGGCCGCUCCCCGCCCGGCGCGCCCGUCCCGGGGCUCCGCGCCCUCCUGCCAGCGCGCGCCUUCCUCUGCUCGCUCAAAGGCCGCCUCCUGCUGGCGGAGUCGGGUCUCUCCUUCAUCACCUUUGUCUGCUAUGUGGCGUCCUCAGCAUCUGCCUUCCUCACAGCGCCCCUGCUGGAGUUCCUGCUGGCCCUCUUCUUCCUCUUUGCUGAUGCCAUGCAGCUGAAUGACAAGUGGCAGGGAUUGUGCUGGCCCAUGAUGGACUUCCUACGCUGUGUCACAGCGGCCCUCAUCUACUUUGCCAUCUCCAUCACCGCUGUUGCCAAAUACUCGGACGGCGCUUCCAAAGCAGCCGGGGUGUUUGGCUUCUUUGCCACCAUCGUGUUUGCAGUUGAUUUCUACCUGAUCUUUAAUGACGUGGCCAAAUUCCUCAAACAAGGGGACUCUGCAGAUGAGACCACAGCCAACAAGGAGGAAGAAGAGAAUUCCGACUCCGACUCCGAUUGAAGGCCUGCCCUGCCCUGGCAACCCGAGCCACGCAGGCCUUCACUCCUGCACUCUGACCCGCUGGCCGGAGCGUGGCCAGGGGACCGGCUGUGUUGGGGAGGCUGUGACUUCUCAAGCAGCAGCGGGAGUUGCUGAUAGAGCGGGCCUCCUCACAGCCCCCAGGGGAUGUUCCUGAGCCCCGCACACAAGACGGAUCCCCUUGGCUUAGCGUCUCUAACCACUGCACAGGAGGGCAUUGUGAAUAUUCCGCCACUCCUCCACAUUUCCGUCCCACAGACCGUAAGCCCUUUAACCUCUGCCAAACAUAAGCACAAAGGACAAAGCAGAUAGAGCCUUGCUACCCAGGAAGCAUUUCUGGGAAGCACUUCAUGCCAGGAGCGGGGGGACAGGAUGGGACAGGGGACAAGUAAGACAGAAACCACUGUGGGGCCAACCCAGCAGGCCCCAGUGGCUUUUGUCUGCAUUGGUGCCCCUGCUCAUGCCAGACACUUUUGUUGAGAAUGAUCCUUCCAAGAUUUUUUGGUUCAAGGAGCAUCCGUUUUCAUUCUUGAAGCAGGGAGAAAAACUGACCUUUGCCCUAUCAUCUAAGAGAAGAGUGGGUCUUAGUGCCCAUAACUGCCACCUCACACUCCUGGAGACCAUGUCUUCUCCAGGUGACAUGACCAUUCUGGGUCUAAGACUUUCAAAGAAAAGCUCGUAGAUUACCAGGUCCAAAAGAUGAAGGUACCAAAGGAUGAAAUAGCAGUGACAGCGUCCUGGGUAGCUGGGCAGGCCCAGCCAAACCCUCUCUUUCCCUGGGGGCCCACCAGCAGGCAACAGGCUCUUGGGCAGUCAGGACAAUGCUUCGAGGCACCAGAGCAGGUCUUCUGACCACCUCAUGAGGUGAAACGUGCUUUCUGUGUCCCCUAAGCACCUAUGCUGUGUAUAUAUAUCUUCAGUGGGAUUUUUGUAACUUUAUAUAAUUUUUUUUUACACAAAAGCUGCUUCUUAAAUAGCAUUUCCUGUGACCUAAGAGGCCUCAUGAAUGAGCCAGAGUUCUGGACCCCUUUUUGAGCAUUUGUAACUUGUGUUCUUCUCUUGCAUGUGAGUCUCCUACCCUGAAAAAAAGCCAUAAAGGAUUAAAAACCAGACUGACCACCUG